CGCUCUCGGCCGGCGGUGCGGGCGGAGAUGGAGGAGGAGGUGGCGGGAGACCUGCGGGUCCUGGGGUUCUCCGGGCCCCCGUGGACGGCCGGGCGGGUCGGGGAGGCGGCGGCCCUCGGCGCCUCGUGCGGGGCUUUCAGGACGCUGUGCGCUCGGUUGGCGGAGGAGCUGGCAGCCCGCGGGGCGCUGGAGGAGGCGGCGCUUCUGAGCACGGGAGACGAGCCCGGCGUGGAGGAGAGCUUCCUGCUGGAGCUGAGCGGGCUGCUACGGGAGCUCCGCUGCCCCGACGCCGCGCUCACCGACGGGGAUCCCACCACGCGCCUCCGCGAGCCCCGCGGCGGCCUGCGCCUGCUCCGUUUCCUCUGCUCAGAGCUCCAGGCGGCCCGACUGAUCGGUCGCGAGACCCCCCGGGCCCCGUCGCAGGAGGAAGGGGAGCGGCUCCGGGAAGCCCGGGAGGAACUGACCCUGAUCUGCCAGGCCCUAGGACUGCCCUCGGCCCAUCCCGGCACCGCCCCCGGCCAACUAUUUCAGGAGCUGCUCGCUAAGAUCUCAGCCCCGCUGUCCCUCGUGCCACCUGGACACCUGGCUCCUCUCCUGACCAGCUCCCUGGACUCUGCCCGCUGGGCGGUCCUGGGCGAGAUUGACCGGAGCCUGCGGGCCGAGUACCGUUGCCGCCGCCGCAUGCUGCUCACCCGGUUGGACCUCACGGCUGCCUCCUUCCACUGGGCCGAGCGGGCGCAGGCCCAGAGUGCCGCCUUGACCGCGAGGCUGGCGCCCCUGCGGCGGGCGCUGUGUCCGGAGCCCGGGGUCUCCCUCGCCCACCUCCUGGCCGCCCGGGCCGACCUCUCCCGUCUCGUGCCCGCCACCAGCCCGGCCUCCCGCGCGGCCACCAGCUGCCCCGUCAACAAGAUUCUGAUGGGCACUGUGCCAGACCGGGGGGGCCGCCCCAAUGAACUCGAGGCGCCCAUGCCCUCCUGGCAGAGUCGGCGAGAAGGGGGCCGACAGCGCUGGGGCCAGAAGGGCGGGAAGAAGAGAAAGAGAUGAUGGAGGAGGUGCGGCCGUACCCCUUGUUCCCCGCGGCUCCCGUUGGUUCAGCUGACCUCCCGCUCCCCCCCGUUCACUGCUUGGGUUCUGCCCAUGCCCGGCGGAGGGAGGGUCCCGGGCAGGGAGACGGGGAGGGCGACGAGAGCCCUGCUGCCAAGGCCUAGAUUUCUCCCCUCCCCCCGACCGAGAACUGCUGUUCCGUUUCUGGAAAAAUAGAUUUAAUUUAUAGCGUC